AUGUGCCACAGUUUCGAGGUCAUUAUCAUCACCACCUCUGUAGGGCACGCCGAGGAAGCAGCUGAUAUGCGGACGUUAGUUCUCGCGACUGUGUGGCUCUUGUCGACGAUAGGAAAGAGCCUCGAGGAGUGCCGGGAGGAGUACAAGAAGCAGCGGCCCUCCCACACCGCGUGCCUGCCGCCGAACAAGGAGUGCACCAUCGAAGCCCGAGGGGUCAACGCGACGGAGCGGGAACUUAUCGUCAAGACGCACAACGACUACAGGAGCAUGGUAGCCAUGGGCAAAAUUCAGCACUUUCCCGAGGCCAAGAAUAUGCAGCAGCUACUCUGGGAUGAAGAGCUGGCUUCCGUGGCACAGGCGAAGGCUGAUCAGUGCACUCCUGACAGUGGAAAGCUAAAGCACGACAGACCCGAAGAUCGUUUCACCACCAAGUUCAAAUCCACGGGGCAAAACUUAGCCUUCCGCGCCAGCAGCGCCCGUUUCAAGGCCACCGACUGGCCCGGUCAGAUCAAGGCGUGGUUCGACGAGUACGCCCACUACCCGCCGCACAGGGUCGAUCACUUCUCGCCUCCGCCCGGAGAGCCGACCGGACACUUUACGCAGGUUGUAUGGGCAACGACGCGCUACGUAGGCUGCGGCUACGUCCAGUACACCGUCGAGGGCUACUCAAGGUUACCGUACAUGCAACUCUACGUAUGCAACUACGCCAGCGCAGGCAACGUUUUGUUGCUGCCCGUGUACGCUGCCGGUGAUAUGUGCUCCGCCUGCCCAGAAGGCACCGCGUGCGUCAAGGACACCGGGCUGUGCUCGUCUACCGAAGCAGGUGGCGAGUCUCACAUGCAGCCGGACUCCAACCCACCGGAAGCGCGUAAACGCGGUGGCGACCGACAUGAUGAAGGCUCUUCGCCAAACCGAAAACGACCCGCUCCGGCAAACGUUCAGCCGUCGAGGCCCGGGGCCACGGUGUGCGUGAUUGGUGCGGUUUACGGAAUGCUCUUGGCGUGGUGGGCGUCCCUCGUGUAG